UUCAGUCGGCGCAGCGCCGCGGCAGGUGCGGUGGGUCUGGCGGUAGCUGUUUUUUUCCCCUCUCUUUCUUUUCGGCGCGCGUGUGAGGCGGAGGCCGGGCGGGGGGCGUCCGGGCCGGGCCGAGCGGCUCUCGGAGCGCGCGGUUCCGCCUGUCCGUGGCCUCCGCGGAGGGAUUUGCCCGCGCCCGGGGGGGGCGCCCCCGGCCUGCGCCCCUUCCCCUGCCCGCUCUGGGCCGGGGGCGCGCGGCGCUUCCCUCUGGCUGCGUCCCCGCCGCCGCGGGCGGGAGGCGGCCGGGGGGGAGCGCUGCCUCGGAGGAUUUACCGCCGCCUGGGACCGGCGCCCCGGCGGGGCUCGCCGCCAUGGACGAGAAGUACCUGCCCGAGCUGAUGGCGGAGAAGGACUCGCUCGACCCGUCCUUCACACACGCGCUGCGCCUCGUCAGCCAAGAAAUUGAAAAAUUCCAAAAAGGGGAAGGGAAGGAAGAAGAAAAGUAUAUUGAUGUGGUCAUCAAUAAAAAUAUGAAGUUGGGACAAAAAGUUUUGAUUCCAGUUAAGCAAUUCCCUAAGUUCAACUUUGUGGGAAAACUUUUGGGUCCACGUGGCAAUUCUUUAAAGCGCUUACAGGAAGAAACACUGACCAAAAUGUCUAUUUUGGGAAAAGGUUCUAUGAGGGACAAGACAAAGGAAGAAGAGUUGAGAAAAAGUGGUGAGGCAAAGUACUUCCACCUAAAUGAUGACCUGCAUGUUUUAAUUGAAGUCUUUGCUCCACCAGCAGAAGCAUAUGCCAGAAUGGGACAUGCGUUGGAAGAAAUCAAGAAGUUCCUCAUCCCUGACUACAAUGAUGAAAUCAGACAGGCACAGCUUCAAGAAUUAACAUACUUGAAUGGUGGUUCAGAAAAUGCAGAAGUUCCAGUUGUUCGAGGAAAACCAUCUAUUCGAGCAAGAGGAGUACCAGUUCCUGCUUUGUCCAGCAGGCUGUGUCUGGGAAGCUCACUGCUCACCCCUGCCCCCACUACAAUGAAGUCAAAUAAGCAGCUGGUACCCUGUGCUGAGGAGGCAUUCUACAGAUUAGCCAAAACCAAGGGCCGUGGAGGAGUCCCUCCGCCACCAGCAGGAGUACCAAGAGGGGCACCAGCACCAAGAGGAGUGCCUCCCAGUAGAGGACCAGUCAGUCGUAGCCGUGGACUUCUGGCACCCCGCACAAGAGGAGUACCUCCACCUGCAGGCUACCGGCCCCUUCCACCACCGCCAGCCCAGGACACUUACGGCGAAUAUGAGUAUGAUGAUGGUUAUGGAACUGCUUAUGAUGAACAGAGUUAUGAUUCCUAUGAUAACAGCUAUAGCACUCAAGCACAAAGUGGAGCAGAUUACUAUGACUAUGGGCAUGGACUGAGUGAAGAAACGUACGACUCUUACGGGCAAGAAGAAUGGACCAACUCAAGACACAAGGCACCUUCAGCAAGGACAACAAAAGGAGUCUACAGAGACCAGCCAUAUGCCAGAUACUGAUUGUACUGUCUGAUGUUGUGAAAUAUCCAAUCUCCACCAGUCCUGUAUACUGUUCAAAGUAAUUUUUUCUAUGAACAAUCCCUUUUUAUUAAAUCAAAUUGCUUAAAAAUCUGAAUGGAUGGACUGAAUUUAAAAUAUGUUGUUGAAAGAACAACCUGGACAGAAAGAUAUGUAAAACAAGGAAUUUUGUUAUUUCCAAACUGUAUUUGAAAAAUAGGCAAUCAAAAAAAUAACCUUUGAUUAACUAGUGUUAAAAAACUAGGUUUACUAAAUAUGUUAGUCCAUUCUUUUAACAUAAGCGUAACCUUUUAUUUUAAAGGUUUUCAACAAUUUAGUUUUUAGUUUUUAUUUUCAGCCAUUUGCUAGUUUUUCUCUUUGCAAAUAUGCGUAAAAAGGGAAGCAAAGUACAAAUGCAAAUAAUGUGGUAUUUUGUAACUCAAGUCUUGAAAUGUUCUGUAGUGUUAAGCAAAGUUUUACCCUUGCUUGAUACUAAAUAAACUUUUGAAAGAAAAACAGUGUGUGUGAGAUUAAUUUUAUGCUUUAUUUUAUAAUAAAACUUCAUAAAUAGUAGUAAACAGGGAGAAAUCCAUUUAACAAUGAUCAGCAUAAAAGGCUCAUAUUAAACAUUGCACACCUUAAAAAAAAAUGGUAUAAACCUAAAUGUACACUUAUAUACUCACAGUAGAUUUAAAUGAUGUUUAAAGUAUCCAAAUGGUAUGGAUCUGCUUGAGUGCCACAUUAAAUCAAAAUAUUUUUGUUAAAAAUGGUUUAAAAUAGCUAAUGAAUUUUCUGAAAAAGAUGUGACUAGUUUUCAUCUUGUUGAGCGUUUUUUCAAUAGUGCAACUUUGGAAUUUUUAUGAGAAUUUUGGUACGUUAAUGACCACCUCGCUCCGUGCUGGAAGCAAUAAACACAAAGCUUUUAAAGACUUUCUGACUUGACUAAUUGAGGUCGCUUUCGUCAGAGGCAGAGGAUGUGUAACCCUUAAAACGGUCUUCAUUUGCAAAGGAAACCCAACUCCUUGGAGAGCCAGGAGAACAAAAACCUUAAUCUUCUGAUGCUUUGGGACUUCUGCCAUGUUAAUUAUGGACUGCUUAGAGCAUUGUACUUGUCAGCGUACCUAGGCAACGAGACUGGCUUCGGAAUAUGAAAAUCCUGUUCUGUAUCUCUUGUAUUAAAGCCUUAAAGUGUAUAACAUUAUACACUUUUUUAAAAAAUUGUACAUAAACAUGUAAUUGUUUAGUGACUCAACAGUGUUUUAUUUGGAUCUCAAUAAAGAAUUUUCAUUUUGGUUCUUGUACCAAGCAAUAAUGCAACCUCAUGUUCCUUCAGUGACUUUUUUUUAGCCUUAUGCAGCAAGUGUGAGAGAGUGUGUGUGAAGUCCCAUGACUGAAGUUUAAAUAUGCUUUUGGAAAUAGCUUGUCUAAUGUAUGAGCAACAUGGAUAAGUUAAAAAUGAAGAUUAGUGUUUUAUGCUGAAGCUUUUCUUAUUAGCUGAAUGUAAACAGGCCUGCUCAGAACAAGGCUCCUGGUUAGAAAUAAUGCUCCAACUUCCAUUUCCUUCAGAAACUUGUUAUAUAACAUGAACGUAUUUUAAUCCCUGUUGAGUAUAUUAUACUGCUUAUUCUCUUUCACUUGGUCUUUGCAUAGAAAUGCUUUCUCUUCUAAUAUACAAUCACGGUUUUCUAGUGGUAGAAUUCUGGAUGAGGCUUUUAUGCCUUGAUGAAUCUUGUAUCCAACAGUCAUGUUUCCUUAAUGCUUUCUCUGUUUUAUAUUAAUUGUGGUUGUGAUGAUUUGUAACAGAAAUAAACUUCUGAUAAUUUAA